AUGUCCCCCUCUCUGUCCACACUGCCCACCUUCCUGGGCGUCGUGGUGCCCACGCUGCUCUCCAUGUUCAGCGUCGUCCUCUUCCUGCGCCUCGCCCGCAAGCUGCCCACCUUCCUGGGCGUCGUGGUGCCCACGCUGCUCUCCAUGUUCAGCGUCGUCCUCUUCCUGCGCCUCGGGUUCGUGGUGGGCCAUGCUGGGUUAUACCAAGCCCUGGCCAUGUUUGCGGUCGCAUACUUCAUCAUCGGCAUGACGGUGCUGUCUGUCUGCGCCAUCGCCACCAACGGGGCGCUGGAUGCUGGAGGAGCCUACUAUAUGAUCAGCCGUGCCCUGGGCCCGGAGUUUGGGGGCAGCAUUGGAAUCAUGUUUUUUCUGGCCAACGUUUGUGGCAGUGCCCUGUAUGUGCUGGGAUUGGUGGAGGCAGUGGUAGACAGCUUUGGAAUCCCCCCUGGGCAAAAAGCAGGCUCAGGUGUCCACGUCCUGCCUCAGAGCUACUGGUAUGAGCUGCUCUACGGCACCGUGCUGCUGGCCCUCUGCCUCCUUGUGUGCCUCGUGGGCGCCUCCAUCUACGCCAAGGCCACCUUCCUCAUCUUUCUCAUCGUCGCGGGUGUCCUGGGCACCAUCCUCGUUAGCUUCUUUGCCACGCAGCCCACUGGGGUGCCCAUCCGCCUGCCCCGCUCCAACGGCUCCGAGAUUGAGAACGGCAACUUCACUGGCUUCUCACUCGCCACCCUGCGAGACAACCUGGGUGGUGGGUACGGGGUGGACUACACCACUGGGCAGAUGAUGAGCUUCAGCUCCGUCUUUGCAGUGAUGUUCAACGGCUGCACUGGCAUCAUGGCAGGCUCCAACAUGUCAGGGGACCUGAAGCGCCCCAGCUACUCCAUCCCACGGGGAACCAUCUCUGCCGUGCUCUUCACCUACCUCAUCUACAACCUACUGGCUUUUCUCAUGUGUGCCACCUGCAGCAGGACCCUCUUGCAGAAAGACUACGGCUUUUUGCGUGACAUCAGUAUCUUCCCACCCCUGGUGACUGUGGGCAUCUAUGCUGCCACUCUCUCUGCAGCCAUGAGCAACCUCAUCGGGGCAUCCCGCAUCCUCUACGCCCUGGCCCGGGAUGAUCUCUUUGGCCGGGCACUGGCGCUGGCCAAGAAGACAUCUACCAGUGGGAACCCUGUGAUGGCGGUGAUCCUCUCCUGGCUGGUGGUGCAGCUUGUGCUCUUCUCUGGGAAACUCAACACCAUCGCAGGGGUUGUGACCACCUUCUUCCUCCUGGUUUACGCCACUGUCAACCUGGCCUGCCUGGCACUGGAGUGGGCAUCAGCCCCCAACUUCAGGCCCACCUUCCGGUACUUCACCUGGCACACGUGCCUGCUGGGCAUCGCAGGCUGCUGCGUCAUGAUGUUCCUCAUCAGCCCUGUGUCAGCCUCAGCAAGCCUGGGCUUCCUCCUUCUCCUCCUUCUUGCCCUCCACUACCUCUCACCCAGCAGCACCUGGGGCUACAUCAGCCAGGCCCUCAUCUUUCACCAGGUGCGGAAGUACCUGCUGAUGCUGGAUGUGAGGAAGGACCACGUCAAGUUCUGGCGCCCACAGAUGCUGCUGAUGGUGCAGAACCCACGAGGCAGUGCCCGUCUCAUUGAUUUUGUCAACGACCUCAAGAAGAGUGGCCUCUAUGUCCUGGGCCACGUUGAGCUGCAGGACUUGGACAUGCUGCCCUCGGACCCGCUGCAGCCCCAGCAGGACUCGUGGCUGAGCUUGGUGGACAAGCUGAACGUCAAGGCUUUUGUCAGCCUCACCCUUGCACCCUCAGUGCGACUCGGGGUCCGGCAGCUCCUUUUCACCUCUGGCCUUGGUGGGAUGCGUCCCAACACUCUGGUACUGGGCUUCUACGAUGAUGCGGCACCACAGGAUGGUCUGGCCCGGCACCCUGCCUUCACCAGUGCCCGUGAGGAGGUCCCCCUGGGCUUCCCCCCUCUGCGGGCACCUGCCACACCCAAGCUGCUGUCACCCUGGGAGUAUGUGGGCAUCGUGGCUGAUGCCCUAAAGAUGCUUCGUAAUGUCCUGCUUGCCCGGCAGCUGGAGAGCCUGGACAAGGUCUGGGAGCUGCGGAGGGCUGCCAGCCCCCCACCCUCCAUCCACGUCUGGCCUGUCAACCUGCUGCGGCCAGACAGCGCCCGCUACGCUGACCCCUGCAGCUUCUUCCUGCUGCAGAUGGCCUGUGUCCUCAACAUGGCGCGGGCCUGGCGCCGGGCACGCCUGCGCCUCUUCCUCUGCGUGGAGGCGGGCGCCAUGCCCCACGCCCAGGAGGAGAAGCUGCGCCAGCUCCUCAAGGACUUGCGCAUCCAGGCCCAGAUCCAGCUGGUGCCCUGGGAUGCUGUCACCCACCUGCACUGGCAAACCCGCCAGGGACCCCCAGGGGGCCCAGCAGAGGAGGAAGAGGAGGAAGGGACCGUGAACUUCCCAGCCAACGCCACCCAAGUGUCGGAUGAGUACGUCUGUGCCGCCAACAAACUCGUCCUGGAGCAGAGCCCCGCUCCAGCCGUGCGCUUCCUCUACCUGCCGCGGCCGCCGGCUGACACCAGCCUCUACCCGCUCUACCUGCACCAGCUGGAGCUGCUCACCCGUGGGCUGGGCCCCACCGUGCUGGUGCAUGGGGUGAGUGCUGUCACCAGCACCCAGCUGUAG